GCUCUUCUUUCUCUGCUUCUCAAAGUCCUCACUGCUCCUCCGCUCGACGCUCGCUACGGCUUUCGCUGAAAAGGACGAGUCGCAAGCAGAGAGUCUAGCUAAUACCCCGGGCCUCGCGCUGCUAUACCCCGCGAACAGGAGGCGUGUGCCGAGACGCUGGAAUGGAGCCGGGAAAACCGGAGAAUCUGAGCAGCGCAAAUGGGACUGUGAACGGCCACGCGAGGUCGAUUGCUGCCACCACCAAGCAGCAACCGAAAGCGAAAGCAGGGCCGCGUUUCUGCGGCCUUCGCACGGUGACUACCACCACCGACAUCCCCGCCUCCCUACCCCCGCCCUCCUCCCUGCCUCCACCGCCCCCCGCCGCACGACGCGGGUUCAACUUCGCGAAGACCGUCGCCUCCUCACGGGACCGCGCGCGUGCCCGGCGCAAUCGGCAGACCCCGCAGCCGUGGGCGGUGCGCAAGCUCAUGGUGCCGCUCACGUCCGCGAUCAUGGUCUACACCGCGUAUGUGUUCUGCGGGCGGCUCGCGCCGCGGAUCGGGCGAGCGAAGGGGAUCGGGCUGGGUCUAGGGUUUGCUGUGCUCUGGCUUUGGAUGGUGUGGGCGUAUGUGAAGGUUGUUAUUACGCCCCCCGGGAAUGCACGCGAUUACGUAUCUCAGUCGCCGCAGCCGCUUUUCCCGAUCCAGCCGACUCCCAUGUCGCCCAACACACCCCCUCAGAACCGAGCGACAGACAACGCCGCGACGUACGAUACCGAUGACGAAUCGGAUCUGGACGACGCUGCACUGGCGGAAUUAGAAGCCGGACGUAUCGGCGGGCCAGCAUACAACACCAUGCAGAGCCCGAUCCAGAUUCCCAUCCCGAUCGCGAACUCUGGCCCGCCAACCUCUGAGACCGCCGCCGUCGACGCUGCCCCACCACCCGGCAAGAUCCCGGCGCGCACACCCCGGGGCCGGCAUCCUCCGACGACACCAGUGCUUCUGCCCCAACACCGGUGGUGCGGCAAGUGCCAGAUUGUGAAGCCCUACCGGGCACACCAUUGCCGGGUGUGCGGGACGUGCAUCCUCAAGUACGACCACCACUGUCCCUGGAUCGGGCAGUGCGUCGGCGCGCGGAACCACAAGUUCUUCCUGAACUUCUGCGUCGCAGCGGGAUGCCUCACGGCGUAUACGUUCGGCAGCCUGCUGGCGUUCAACGUCGGGGAGAGUGGUGUCGAUGCGCAGGAGCUCGUGAUCAUAGUCCUAUCGGCGCUGUUCUUGCUCUUCACGAGCUCGCUGUCGGUCGCGCACGGGCGGCUGAUAUCCCACGCGCAGACGACAGUCGAGAGCAUCAAGGUGCGCACGCUGCGCGAGAAGGAGGCGGCACAGUUGGGGGUCGAUGGCUGGCAGUGCUGGGAAGUCGGCGCGAAACAGCGCGUUAAGCGCAGCUACGACGCCGAGUGGGGUAACCCGGACACCGAGGGGAACAUCUGGUGGCCAGGCUCUCGACGCGGAGCAUGGGAGGACGUGAUGGGGCAUGCUUGGCUAGGGUGGAUAUUGCCGGUAGGUAGGCCGCUGGGUGAUGGCUUGGAUUAUAAGCCUAACCCACGCUUCGAUGAGCAGGGUCGGUGGAGGAGGCGGAGCGAGUGGCCGGGUGGUCUACGGGGGGGAUGACGAUGAUACUUCGCUGCAUCUACAUUGUCUAUAUAGGUGCUGCAAGCACACUACAUUCUCGGAAGCCCAAGCUGCACACCAAGUCCUGGGGAGACCAAGCCAAUGUCCGCAGGACAGCAGGAGAUCUGCCAUGAUGACAAGGCCGGCGAGAAGAAUACUUACCGGCAUCCCCUCAUCUGUAGAGAUCGCUGCGGUCGAACGACCUGCCAGGUGCCAUGGUGGGGGCCGUCACACGUGACCGAUGUUGACAUGAGAGAUGCUUCUGAUCCUGAGA